GCCACCCCUAUGGCUGAGCAGCCCGUCCCAGAGAUAGCCCUGCUAGCCCAGGUGCUGGCCAGCACUGAGGCCCCUGCACUCCGCAGCACACGCCGUGGGUCCCAGCCCACAGCCCCAGCCCGGGGCCCUGAGGACAGCAAACCUGCCCCGCUGCUCUCCCGCCGCAACUCCAUCCUCAGCCGCCGCAGCUCCUUCGGCAUGGUCCCGGGGAGCAGGCGGCCCUCCAUUGGCCCCUGGAUGCUCCACAGACGUGUCAGCUUCUCUGGGCUCCCAAUUUUCCAACCCAUCCUCAAGACCCGCCUUGAAAACACUUACAGGAUAGGGCCGGACAAAGGCUGCAGGUUUGACGCGGGGCGGGUGCAGCGGGUGCUGGAGGGGACCCUGGCCUGUGCCUUGGGGACCACUGUGUACAGUGCCCAGGGCAGUGCCCCACUAGCCCUGAGCCUGACUGAGCUGCUGCAGAACCAGGCCAAGGAGGUGGUGCCACCCCGCUACAAGCUGGUCUGCCAUGUGGUGCUGGGCCAGCAGGGCCAGCAGAGCCUCUUGGUGGCCAGCCGGGGCCUGUGGGACCCUGAGACCGACAGCUUUGCCUCUGCCACCUUCUCCAACGCCUCCCUCUUUGCUGUGGCCACAGUGUACGGGGUCUACUUCGAGUAG